AUGGAAGUAUUUGUACAAGAGUUUAAAACACUCCAAAAGGUCAUAUAUAAGUCAAAGAAUGCACACCGGUGCACUCUUUACUACAAACACACAGUGCACGUAAGUCGGCUAAUUAAAAAAUAUCUAAGCACAGAUGGUACAAAAAAGAUAAAAGACCUGCUACUCUCUGACAUACAGGACAAGUGCAUGACUGCUUAUGUUUCUCUAAGCAGCAACAUUGCCCAGGGGCACAACCUUGCGCUUAGCAUAGGCCUUAUGGCUAUUAUGGCUCAAUUGUACAGUACAAGUAAAAAACUUAAUUAUACAGACGCAGUGCAGGCUACAUCAUAUAUUGUACACGACAUAGAGAGCAGCUCGGAAAAGGAUGAAAUAAGUGAUAUAUUCAAAUAA